AUGCAGGCAUUCACAGCCCAGUUGGACGCGGUUCUUAAUGAAAUCGACGUCAAGGACGUCCUCAGAAAAAAUGGCGACGACAUGGAACGACAUCAGCUCUCAUCAAAAACUAACCCCUUUGGCGCUGCCACACUUGGACGCUUGGAACAUAAUAGCAUCUUUCAGGCACCUGCACCCAAGAAGAGAAGACUGAACCCGACGACAACAUGGGCAAAGUACCUUGCAGGUUCAGAAAACUCAAAGUGCUUAUCAGCCUUGGCGGCAGAGUUCCUUAAAGUGUGCAAGUCCAUGGACAGUGUGAACGAACCACUGGCAACGCUUUUUCAGAUCUACCAUAACUCUUUGCAGUCGCCACCGAGGUCCGCUCUGCUUCUCGCCCUCCUGUACAACAUCUUUCACCCAAGCUCGACACUCCCACUCUACGAUCGCAUCAAAUCACCAAUCUCUCUCAGCAAAUCGUUCAUCCAACUGACACAGUAUCUGGAUGUCUCCAACCAGUUUCAGUGGACAGGAACUAUGGCGCUCAUUCUGCGAUGCCUACAGCAACCCGACUGUGAGACAAUCCCCUCGGAGACCUCCGUCGCCAUCAUGAUGUCGAUCCUCAAGAAGAUCAACGUCUUGCCACUGAACUGUAACCACGACCAGAAAGAGUGUGCGUCAAAGGGUCUUGAGGUCAUUCAGGCAUUCCUGGAGAUCCCAAGUGCAGCCAAGACUGCGCACGCAACAUAUUACGACUUGCUCCGCGAGAUCUCUCAAGUGUUUCCACCGGGGGUGGUCAUUCACUGGACUUUGGAGCGGCUCAUGGAUCACCUUCAGGAGCGGCGGCAGAAUCUGGCGUUUUUAGUCAUGCCUCCAGAUGCCUCAUGGCCCCUCAUCUCGCAGAUCAACCGCCAGCACGAGUUCACCAACCUCACUCAACGCCCCAGCCACCUUCUCUUUGCUCCAGACUAUGAAAAGGGCAUCAAGGACGGGCAGAUGACGACCUAUGUCAGUCUGUUUGGCGAUCUGCUGUACCAAAGGGCGCCAUCGGACGAAAUUUUCUUCAUGAUCCGCCAACUCCCUCAUAACGCAAAAGGAGUCUCAGCAUUGCGGGAAUCUCUUGUCAUCAAAACCCGCGACGUUGUCCGCUGCUGUCAACGCCACAGCCGAUUCCACGAGCCUCGGCAAACGGACAUGCACCCACCCGUCACCGCCAACCCGGACAUGGUCAUUCCUGACAAUAUCGAUUUCAUGGAGCUGUUGAUCGAGUUGUCGGAUCAGCUGUAUGCCUUUGUCGGAUCAGAGCUCUCUCAAAUCUCCAACAUCUACCCUACUGGAUACUCAGUCCUUUACGAGGACUUGAUUGUCGACUAUCAUGCGUUGAUUACCCCAAGUGACAAGGGACCUGCAGAGCUCGAGAGGGACAACACGCUCAUCUAUCUUUUGCUCCAGCUCAUCCACAUUGAGAAAGUUGGUGGCAAAGACAAGCUUCUGGCGCAGGACUAUGCUGGCGACGAACACCUCUUCCGACUUCUGAUCGCCCUGUACAACGAGGACCAGGUGAAUUCCAAGGACGGCUUCUAUCUCCGCGACCUCGCUCUCCAGUGCGCCAUCAGUCAUCAACAAAUCUACAUCCGAGAUCGAUCUAUGAUGAAGUUGCGCCAUCCCAAGCUCGCCGUCAUCUGGCCCUACUACUCGCAGAUUUGUUACAAUGUCCAGUCGUACUUUUUGACAAAGUACAAGAACAACCUCCAGGACCUCACCUGCCUCACGAACCUUCCAACUCAGGAGAACGUCAAGGUCGCCAUGGAGUCUCAGAUUCGCCAACACAUUGUCGCAGGAACUCUUUUCAUCUACUUGGUGCCCAACUACCAAGGAAAGGAGCCAGAGCUUGACGCCUCGGGCAUGUUCUUGAAGGGAGGCACCCUCAGUCACAAACUGCUCGAUAUGUUGAACAUCGACACCAAGCACAGACUUCUUGGUCUGAUUUACAAGAUGAUGCUGGACGGCGAGCAAGGACCUCGUUUCCAUGGAGACCCCCCACCGCAAGUCAAGUUCGUCUCGCCCUAUGUGAUUGACGUCGUCUACAAGCUACUGUCAAGCACGCCCUGCUCAGUGGAACCUGUCAUCAAGGUCCUGUUCGACAAGCUGCGACGAUACGACCGAAAGUCAAUACAGGAUGUGCCCAUGGAGACGACCCGCUGGCAGUUCACCGUUUUGCAGCUUCUCAACUUCCGACUCAUCCGACCCCUCAAGUUCACGGCGACCUGUGCUCACCUCCUUCACUAUAUGAAGUUUGCACUUUCAGGAACCAAGCACCGAGCGCUUCACAACCUGGUAGAGGCCUGUAACCACAGUGCCCUGAGCAUCCAGACCAGUCACAAGUUCUUGCGAUCGUUGGUGGACAACAAGCGGGAGCGACCCUUCUGGUUCGAAGAGUCGGAGGCUCUGGCGCGUCGGGCUGUCAUGACCAUUGCACGUGUGGUAAAGCUUCGAGGUCAGGGUGACGCACCUCAGGGAAUCAUUGCCGAGAUCCUCCAGAUUCUGCACAAGCACCCUAUUGUCUGGACUGAGGAGAUUAUGGCCUUCUUCCCAGAGCCUGUCAGGGACUUUUACAGGAACCGGGAUCAGUCAGGAGUUGCCAACGGGAUCCCUGGAGCAGUGACAGAGGGCGAGGUCUCGACGCUUUUGGAGGGCACUUCGAUUCACAACGUUCUCCUUGUGCCCAAAGGAACCGAGCCCAACACAUAUAUUUUGAGCCACUACUCCGACAUGGCGAAUCACCCCUUCUUCCUGUGCGUCUUCUGGGAGAUUAUUAUCAUUCACCAGCAGAUUUCGGAGACCAUGCUAGAGGAUGUCAGAGCGGUCAUGCUCCAGUUCCCACCAUCACACAUGUCCACCUAUACCCAGCAGCUGAUCGACUAUGCCCUGUGGAAGUUGGAUCCUAAGAACCCCAGCGCCACGGAUGCCUUUGACCUUGUCGUCCGUGUCUUUGAGGACCUCGUCUGGAAGUACCAGCUCCUUAGCAUCGAGCACGUCCUGCAAGCGCUCAUGACUGGCCACCCUGCUCGUUCCGGUGACCUUGGUCUCAAGAUUGUCAUCCAGAUGACCAUCCACUCUUCGGAGCUCUCUAACCGCAUUGCUCAUUGGAACUCGCUUGGUUUCAACCCCCGUUCCUGGGAGGAGGACGCAUAUUAUGAGAAACUCCAGAGCUACCUUGCCCGCUACCCAGAGUACUUCAGUUUUGAGGCGCACGAGGUCAGGACAGGAAACACCAACAUCGUCCCACCUGUAGAGACGCCACUCUUGGUCAGCUACAACAACGUUCUCAUCCGUCUGGUCAACAUCUUUGAUAUGAUCAUUGGCCGCUUUAUCGAGUACCAGAUGACCGAUACCCUCAUCACCUUCCUGGACCAGUUUGGGUCCAUGUACUUGUAUCACAGCACGCCCAUGGGAUUCGUCCGCGACACAUUGCUCUAUUACUACGAGUCACCGACACUCCGAGAUCCACGGGUCAUCAAGGCGCUGGUCAAGUUGCUGGACUUUAAGCAGGUCGAGCUCUCACCAGUUCUGAUCGACUACAUUCAGGAUGCGAACCGGUCGGAGGAGCCCUUUGAUGAGCACUAUGUGCACGAAAUCUGCCGCAAGUUGGCCGUCAGCAUGGAUCCCAAGGAGUGCGGCAUGAAGACGGACUCCUCUAUGCCCGAGCGUCAGUACCGCGAGAUCUCCAACCCCGCCGCACAGGGCCUGUACAUUGCAGUCAUCGAGGCGCUGUCGGCGCCAAUCCCCAGGGAGAGGUUCAUGGAGCAGCUCUUAAGUCUGGUUCUUGCAAAGCGUCCAGGAUCGGUCGCUUCGGCAGCGACGCCGUCUGCCGGUUCGGGAGUUGGAUCUAAUGGCGCCAACUCGACUUCAAGGGUUGUCCCAGAAGCUCGAGUUAUUCAUGCAGCAGGACUGCUGGUGUCGGCGUUGCCCAAGGAGUUUAUGGACCAGUUCUUCGUCGAGGUGGACUCUUUCACGCGGACGGACGAGACGCUGUUACAAGCCUCAACGCCCUCGGAAAAGUCUACGGCUGCGUCAAGGCUUGCUUCUGCCACUGCUGCGUACAAUGGAGCAAAGGAGGCAGGAGCACCGGGAGGAUCAGGAGGCAUUAAGGCAGAGAGCAACGGUCGCCACCAUGACACCAGUGUCUCGUCGACAGGAAAGCGGACAACGGCCCAGGAUAUGCUGCUCUCCAGCCUGUUCAGCAGCUACACUUUCAAUCGCCACAACUUCAGAAGCAACCUGCCCAACUCUUUCUUGACGUUUUUCCAUGCCGUCGUCCAUUACUCUUCGGCUGAUAUUUUACUCCGCGUGAUGAAAUGUCUCGAGAACUGGAGGCAGGGGACAUGUCUGCCACCACCGGAGGGAUCCAGUGUGCUGAACUACAACAACAAGCUGAUCCGGAUCAACAGUCAAUACGAUAGCCUGCGUGACGAGGAGAUUGAAGAAGGAAACCAUGGAGAUGAAGGUGAUGAGACGGGCGAAAACGGGGGAGCAACAGCUGCUCCGGUGACGGAUCCGAACAUGCUUAAGAAGAUGGUCAAGAACAGGAGCAUCAGGACGGACACGCAGCUGCUAUUCAUUUGUGCGCUGAUUGGACCUUUGACGCACCGGUUCGAGAAGGUCCAAAUUGGAGGCACGACAGGACACUUUUUCGUGGUCCUGGUUGAGUUGUUCACUAUGGUGACCGACAUGAUCGAGGUCGCUGCGGCGCCUGGGCUCUGUACCCUGGAGAGAGUCAUUGAUUUCAUCCACCAUGUACGGGCUCACAUCCCCAAGGAUCCAGAUACCAGUGCUCGAUUGGCGCUUCUGCUCAAGGGCAUGCGACCGUGGCUCCAAGGACGACUUGGCAGUAUUGUCUGA